AUGUCAUCACUUGACGUUGAAGCCCUCUUGGACUCGACUGCGAAUGCGACUCCAACCGAGCAGAACGGAUCAGCCAAGCCUAAGGAUGUAGAUGACCGACACAAAAAUGAGCGCAAUGACCGCCGCGAUCGAGAACGAAAUCGUGAUGCAAGCAGAGACCGCGAUCGGGAUCGAAAGCGUAGAGACCGCAGCAGGGACAAGGUGCGCAGAGAGAACGGGGAUAAAGAGUUGAUUGGAACGCCCACAAGCGAUCAUGGCAGCGCUCAUGGGAGUGUCAAGAGUAGGCGCAGAAGCAGAAGUCGAGAAGAUGACCGACGACACUCACGCCGCCACAGAGAUAGCCCUGACGAGGUCGGUCGCAGAGAUGGCGAUUUUUAUAGAGGAGGCGGCCGUACACGCUCACGCUCUAGGAGCCCGAACAGAUAUUACCGUCCCCGAGGCGAUCGCCGUGAUCGAGAUGAUCUAGAGGGAGCCAAGCCUCGAGAAGACCGACGCAACGGACGGCGAGCAAGUAAAAGCCCAAAGCGGGAAACUACACCACCUCUAACUGAAGAUGAACGUGAUCGUCGCACGGUCUUCGUUCAACAGCUUGCUGCUCGACUUCGGACUAAAGAACUCAUAGCAUUUUUUGAAAAAGUCGGCCCCGUUAAGGAAGCUCAAAUUGUGAAGGACCGAGUCAGCGGAAGGUCCAAAGGUGUUGGCUACGUUGAGUUCAAGAACGAAGAGUCGGUCCCUGCUGCUAUUCAACUCACUGGUCAAAAACUCCUAGGCAUUCCAAUCAUCGCCCAACUCACUGAGGCUGAGAAAAAUCGCCAAGUCCGCAACCCCGAAGCCGUGGGAAGUAAUCCAAACCAGAUUCCGUUCCAUCGACUCUAUGUGGGUAAUAUCCAUUUCAGCAUCACUGAAAGCGAUUUACAGAAUGUAUUUGAACCUUUUGGCGAGCUCGAGUUUGUUCAGCUGCAGAAGGAAGAGCAAGGUCGCAGCCGAGGAUAUGGCUUUGUCCAAUUUCGUGACCCUAACCAGGCUCGUGAAGCUUUAGAAAAGAUGAACGGGUUUGAUCUUGCUGGUCGCCCAAUUCGUGUUGGUCUUGGCAACGAUAAGUUUACUCCUGAGUCUACCGCCAGUCUUCUGCAGAGAUUCCAAGGGCAGAGCCACCAACAACAAUUCCAGGGUUCCGCAUUCUCCGGUGCUGGUGGACGUGGUCCUCAAGCAAGCAGCGGAAGCAAUUUCGAUCGCGGUGGUGGUCGGGACAACGACAAAGGUUCGGGCGGUGCCAGUGCUCUUGAUGAUACUGACGUCGGCGGCGUGAACUUCAACAACUAUAGUCGAGAUGCAUUGAUGAGGAAACUCGCCAGAACGGACGAACCGGCACCUGCUGCUAAGGGCCGUGAUGAGAGGCGUGAGAUCUUGAAGCCAAAGACCGAGACGAAACCUCUCCCUGUUAACGUCAACAUGGCCAGUAGAUGUGUAGUCCUGAAGAACAUGUUUGACCCUGCAGAGGAAGAAGGUGAAAAUUGGGAAAAGGAAUUGGAGGAUGAUGUCCGCGCAGAAGCGGAAGAGAAAUAUGGCCAUGUUGUUCACAUUGCUCUAGAUCCCAAUUCGCAGGGCGACAUCUAUUUGAAAUUCGACCGGGUCCAAGGAGGGGAGAACGCCAUCAAGGGUCUUAACGGCAGAUACUUUGGUGGUCGGAUGAUUAGUGCUACUCCUGUUGUGGAUGCCGUCUACAGCAGUUUGUUCUCACGCACAAAGGCUAUCUAA